UCUACUCAAAGGUUCAAUUCCAUUCUGGUUCCAUAUCCAUGCAUGUACGGAUAAAGCUCUGCUAGCUAGCUAGGCUUAGUUAAGUAUCUAAAACUGAAGGUUCAGUACGUCUAGACUGCACUUGCAAAGAACCAGAUGGCUGCCUUAUCACGAAAUGCUGACUUUGCUGUUCAGCAGUCAAACCUCAGCUCAGAACUGUCCACUAAAAUUGCCCCUACUGAAUUCCAAGAGCAGUCAGGCUACCAUCAACUUGAAGCAUACACAUCUGAAAACUCAAGCCAAUACAAUAAUAUGUAUGACUCUAAAGAUAAUUCUGUGUACCCAACAGGCAGAAUCCAUUCAUAUCCUACUGAAAGCAAUGUUUCUGGUGACAUUUCCAGCGCCACUUACCAGCCAACAGUGAGCAAUACGACAAACACUUCGUAUCAAUCCUCGAAUUCAUCUUACUUUCAAGAUGGUGAUUCAAAGAUUGCUGACCGACCAGCACAGUCUACUGCAUACACAAAGGAUCCAGUUUAUAACUCCUACAGCCAGCAACGCUAUAGUAACUCUGAUGGCAGCUUUGAGGGUUAUUCGAGUCGUCAUGGCUAUUCUAAUGAAGUAGGCUAUGACAGAUCUUACAGCCAAGAAGCAGGCUACAAUGAACGCUUCAGUGAUCAACACCCAAACUCAUACAAUCAGGGUUUCAACAGAGACAGUUACCAGUCAAAUUCACAGGACUACCCAUAUUCAAACUAUAGUCGGCAGCAUCAAAAUUACUCUCGAGGCAAUUAUUCAUACCAAAAUUCCACUCAAGGAUACGAAGAUUCUUCUGAUUCGCACCCCCAUUCUGGUCAUGACAGAAGGUACCGUCAAGACACUCCCACAAGCUAUGUUCAGGAUUACCAUGGUGACCGUACCUAUAAUCACGAAAAUCAAUACAGCCAACCGUAUGACUCUGGCUAUGAUAGAGGAAGGUCGUACCAAUCAAAGCAUGAGGACUUACAGUAUAGCAAACCCAAAAGAUCUCCUGAAAGAGAAAGAGACCAUGGUAGGAAGGAGUCGAACUCAAGUGAUGAUUUUGUUCAGAGGCGCUCUGCCAUUCUGAAACGUGCUCAGGUUCAUGACGGAAGCAAACAUACUAAAGCUUCUCGAGGACCUCAAAUCGUUCAACCACAUCGUUUAUCUGAUUCUUCUGAUGCUAAAAAGGGCGAUAAAAGUAAGCAAUCUGAAUUCCCAAAGAGAAAGUUGGACAGUUUCAAGAUUCCUAAAAAGAAAAGUGCAAUUUCUGCUUCUUCCCCAAUAAAACAAUCUGUUCCAAUACCCGCACUGGGUGUCAAAGAACAGGAAAAGAUCGAGCACAUAAAAUUCUCACAAACUCUGUGUAAGCCACCAAGUGCUACUGUUGUACAAACAAGCACGAAUUACACUACUGUCGUCUCAAACACUACAAACAAGCUUUCUAAUCUCACUGCGAAAGCUGCACCCAAUGACGCUUCAAUUGAAACUGAUAAAGUCAUUGCUAACAAGCCGGAUCAUCUUGUUAUUGGCAGUCCUUGUCAACCUGCUAUAAGCAAGUCUGUACCAUCCAAAAGCACAGGGAAAAAGACACAAAGCUCAUCUUCAGCUGGCAAGGCAAAGACCCAGCGAUCUACAAAAGCGAAUGUCAUGCCCACAAUUCUGUCUACACUUGACCCCAAGACUCUCAUGUCAUUGGCAGUCACUUUGCAGAAAAGCAUAGAAAAGGCUAAAGCAGAUAAGAGUGCACUCACGUCCAGUAAUCCUCCAGUUCCUGCACAUACGAGCUUCACUGCUUCUGUGAACUCUCCUGGUAUCAAACCACCUACCUCUGUCCAUGGAAGUUCUACUGCUUCUCUUGUUCCCAAACAGGCGACAUUUGCAACUGCUUUGCCAGUGCCUGUACCUUCCCCAGCAGUGGUAAGCAACCAGCUGACCAGCACAAUCAAUUCCAUACUCUCAGCAGUAGUGAGCAAGACGCCAGCAUGUACGAAUACUCCUCAACUCGACACAACAACUCUGACAACCCAGAAUAUCUCGUCAAUAUAUUCACCCAGUGGCGAAAUCAAACCUGCAACACACCUAAUUGCUGAAGCUAGUUUUGCAGCACCCAUUGCCAGUACCAAAGUUUACAAGCCUGCAGUAACCUCUGACAGCACCAAUGUCGAUAUUGAGAGCUCACAAGGGGUUGUAUUGGCCACGGUGAUCACCGCAUCGUCCACCCCUAGUUUUUCUCGUACUGCUGCCAAGCCCAUUGAGAGUUCUGUUGGCAAGGACCCCCAACUUCCCAUCGCUACUGCCUCUCUGUUGUCUACAAUAUCUAUAGAUUCGAAGAACGUUUUCUCGUCUUCGAAUGCUUGUUCUUCCUUGCUUGUAAACACUCUCUGCACAACCUCGUGUGCAUCAACGAUUCCUACAAGUACACCUACAGCUUUAGUUCUAAAAACUGAGCACUCUCUUCAACAGCAGACUGUGAAUGUAGAAGUUGCUGAAAUAAGCCAAAGCAAUGAAGGUGAACUAGCUCGUAAACGUGCUUGGACUGCGGAAGAAUCCGAAGACACAAGUACUAUUUCCUCAGCAAAACGAAUGAAGCCUGAUAAUGUCAAUGACAAAACACUAUCUACAGUGCCAGUGGUGUUUUCUUGUAACGAGACCCAAGAAAUGGAGAAAUCACCCACUGCUAGUAAACUGGAAAACAAAUUUGUGAAUGGUAAACUGUCAAAGCCUAAACCUGAACCCAAAAGUAGAAGGAAAUCUGGCAGCCGGUCAAAGAAGAAGGUCAGUGCUUCAAAGUUCACCACUCGCAGUUCUAUCACUACAGUCUGCUGCUUCUGUCACAAGAAGGACUCUGAAUUCAACCUAGGGUUUCUGUUUGGGCCAUAUACACUAAAGACAGCUGCUACUCUACUCUUAGAUGGUGCAGAAAGCAAUGGGUUGAUUGGUACGUCGAACAGCCUGUGGAUUCAUGAAGAGUGUGCGGUGUGGACACCAGGAGUAUGCUUAGUUGGAUCACAGCUUAUUGGAUUUCAAGAAGCAAUUUCUGAUGCUGAAAAUAUGGUGUGUGUAGAGUGCAAAGAAUCCGGAGCUACCCUGUGCUGUAGUACUCACAGCUGCAAGAAGUACUACCACUAUCACUGUGCAAGUGUAGUUGAUUGUUACUUCGAUAAAGAGAAAUUUUUAGUAACAUGUCCCAAACAUUCUACCAACUGAUAGUAAAUCUAAGUCAUCUGUUGCCUCUUUCAUAAUCUAGCUGUAAAAAAUAUAACUGUACAUUGAUUAUUUAUACAUGAUUGUUAUAAUGG